CUCACAUUGAACAUCAAAAUCCAAGCUUAGAAAUAAAAUAAAAUCUCCUUUGCACUAAGUAAAAAUUAAAGUAGCCAGAACAUUCACAACCACCAUGGCUUGCAUGCAGAUGUCCAGGAGCGAAGCCGAAAAAAUUAAGUGCGGCAAUGGCUCUCAGGGUUACAAAGAAGUGCACAAAGCAAGUGGGUGUUCAGUUCCCCAAGCUGCAAACCACAACAGUGGAGGCUUUGCUGGAUGUGCAACUAACCAAGUUGGUCACAAGACUCACAACAUGGGAAGCAUAACACAAAACCAUCAUAGCCACAACAACCACUCUAUUAGCCAUCACGGCCAUACCAGCCAUGGCACUGGUCACCACGGCCAUGCCAGCCAUGGCACUGGUCACCUUGGACAUGUCAGCCAUGGCUCUGGCCAUCAUGGCAAUUUCAACCAUGGCUCUGGCCACCACGGCCAUGUCAGCCAUGGCUCUGGCCACCAUGGUCAUGGCUGUGCCAAUCACAGCUCUAGCCAGCAUGGAACUGUCCAUCAUGAAAUCAACCACAACUCUGCUCAUCAUGGAGCUACCCACCAUCACUCUUCACACCAUGUAAGCUGUGAAGAGAAGAUAGAAGAAUACAAAGUCUACAAAUCAGGAAACAAUAAGAGUGAGAUGAAGAUCAAGAAGAAAUCAUCCAAGAAGUGCAGUGAUGACAGCAGUGACAGCGAGAGUGACAAUGAAGGCUAUGGGAAGAAGUGCUAAACAAGCAGAUCUCAGCAGUUAGCAGCAGCCAAUCCAUGACCAGAGACUGGAGAUUAGAUGCCCAAAUACAAGCAUAGCUGAUGCACCAUAACCAUUUCCUGGUGGAUAUGGUUUAGUGAAUGUUAUCCAAGUAUAAAUAAUUGUCCCUAUUGUACUAUGUGUGUUUCCUUUUAAAUUAACAGUGCAUGAUAUGCAGUGGUGCACUGCUAUUAAAUAAG